AAUAUGUGAUAAAACCAUUAUUGUAACGACUUUCAAGCGUUUCUUCACUUUAAAUAGGCAUCCGCGCCAAUUUACCGAACUUUAUAAAAGAGGUAUUAUUUUGCACUUAACUAAACGGUAGCCGUUGAUUUUGAGGUUGCUAAUGGAUUUCAACUUAAGCGAUCAACCAUUAACUGACAAUGGUUACCAUAGUACUGGUAUCAGGGAGACCCGACGCCGUAACGUAAGACUAAGCCAUGUGCUCUAUGGCUACCAUGAUUACAACCCAAUAUUUGCUCCUGAAAAUGUUCCUGCUGCAAUGAAAGCCGACGAGGGAUCGUCGUAUGCAGGAUGGAUUCCUGACAGCUUUGUUGCAAUUACCGGAGACACGGAGUCAGCCAUCGCAUCUGGAACUGGAAAUAUCGCCGUAAAAAGCCCUUCUCCCCUUUUGAGUCCCAGUGCACGGACAAUCAAUCUUACCAAUUUGAUACACGGCUACAUUAAUUACAGCUCUCCGACUGUGCAGCAGGUUACUUCAUUAACGAACGGCCAAGAACCCCGCAUGGAUACCAGUAGCAUGCAAAAUGACGGGAGUUCGUGCGCCACCAGCGAAGGCAGUCAUUCAGAAACUUCCUUAUCAGCCAACGUUGAUCAUACUCCAGAUACCCAAGGCGGGGAAGCAAGCAGUGUGCAAAUUCCUGCCAGCAGCAAUAACAGACCAGCAACCCCGCAAAAAAACCAAGAAGAAGAAUUGACUGUGAUUCUUGCAACUUCCGCUAUGGCGUAAUCUGCACGAUGCUGCAUGCAGAUGAAAUUGCUAUACAAAACCUGUAAUUUUCUGACUUCAAUUUCUCAAACCGCAGUACUUAUCUGUAUCUCACUGUCGUAAAGCCUCAAGUGCUCCUCAACUGUUUUCGGUAAUUGCACGAUACCAAUUCAGCAAUACGCUGCCCAUUCAUUUUGACUUGCGAGUUUCGUUUCUUGAAUGCUUAUAGAAGUACUGCAUAUGUACAUUUUCAUUUUACAACUUAAAUUGUCAACCGCUUCGUACCCUACGUAGUGAAGGUUCUGUUGCACUUACAUCCGCAGCGUGUGUGUGCCUGUAUAUAUACAUUCCAAAA